CAUAUUGCGUUAGCGAUGCCACUUCCUCAUUGAAACCUUCAGCCUGGACAAGCACCGUCGGUUUGCCUUUCAUUUAGGGCAUUUGCUGGUUUAUUUUUUGUGCCUUUAUUGUGUCCCGUGGAGUACACGAAAUGUCAAAGCCACCUCCUAAACCUGCGAAACCAGGGCAAGUCAAAGUAUUUCGAGCAUUAUUCACCUUUGACCCUAGAACUCCUGAUGAACUGUACUUUGAAGAAGGAGAUAUUUUGUACAUCUCUGAUACGAGUGACAGUAACUGGUGGAAGGGGACGUGCCGAGGACGGACAGGCCUGAUUCCCAGCAAUUAUGUUGCAGAACAGGCUGAAUCUAUAGACAAUCCACUCCACGAAGCUGCUAAGCGAGGUAAUCUGAGCUGGCUCCGGGAGUGUCUGGACAAUAAGGUGGGAAUUAAUGGCCUGGACAAGGCUGGAAAUACUGCCCUCUACUGGGCAUGCCACGGAGGACACAGAGAUGUAGUGGAGCUGUUACUGGGACACGCUAAUAUUGAGCUCAAUCAGCAGAAUAAACUGGGUGAUACAGCAUUGCAUGCGGCCUCCUGGAAGGGCUACUCCGACAUAGUGGAGAUGUUGCUUAACAAGAAUUCAAGGACGGACGUCCUCAACAACGAGAAGAAGCUGGCCUUGGACAUGGCCACCAAUGCACAGUGUGCCUCCCUGCUGAAGAGGAAACAAGGAGGCAACAUUAGCCGAACACACAGCAAUGCAGAGGAGUACCUUGACGACGAAGACUCCGACUGAACCCUAACUACUUAUUAUUAUUUUUUUUUGUUGGGUGUUUGUUGAGGAUUUUAAGUGGGUAAGAAGUAUACAUGCACAUUCCAAUAUGCUAAAAAAACCAUCUUUGCUUCAGGGAUGGAAUAUUCUUUCCUUAAAAAUGAAUUUAAAAAAUCUGACUAUUUUCAAUUGAUUGACUUGUUUGCACCAUACAUCAGUUUCCAAAAAGGAGGGAGGUUCAAGCCAUCUGUAUGAAAACGGCACCUUUCAUGGGGAUUUGGGGCUAGUUAAUGCACGUCUCUCUUAACAUCUCCCCAUUAAGUUAAAUGUCGGGUCUUUUUUGUAUAUAUAUCUUCAAAACUUGUGCUGCUCCAGUACUUUUUAAAUCAGUAAUGCCUGAAAAGUGCUAUGUUUUUUUUUUUCCCCAGAUUAUGAGACAAAAUACUGUGCAGUAAGAAUUUCUAAAAUUAUAUCUGAGUAUAUUAUCUUCUAUCUGCGGUUUAUUUUAUUAGAUCUAACUCGAGGUGUUCAUUUUAAUUAAAAUUUCGCUUGUACUUCCUUUUAAGACUAUGCAAUAAAUUUUCAUUUAAAACUAAA